AUGGAUGUUGAUCAAGAAGACAAGCUUGCCAAUACUACAGAGGAAACACCCAAAACACUUGUGAUAGAGAAAGCAUGGAGUAAAGAGAAGCCAGUUGAUAAAAAGGCUGCAACACCAGAAGAAGCUCUCCUGCAGGAGUUAGACCAUCUAAAAAUUCCUACAACAUUUGCGCAUCUCGCAGCUAUCUCACUUCAAGUCUCAAGACUAGCCCAUGAGAAAAUAUUAUAA